CUUUAUCAAGAUCUUACUUUACAGAAGCCAAGUGGGGAAUUGAAAAAUAUGUGCCGACACUAGAGGAACAUUUCAGUAUCUCACUAAUCACCACUGGGUAUCCUGUGCUUAUAUGUGCCUCUUACAUAGGCAUGGGUCUAGUGGCAACAAAAGAGGCUUUUGAGUGGGUUGCUAGUUUUCCCAAAAUCAUUAAAGCUAGUAGUAUGAUUUGUAGACUCAUGGAUGAUCUAAAUCCAAGUGAGCUUGAGCAAGAGAGAGACCUUGCAGCUUCCACAAUAGAAUGUUUUAUGAAAGAGUAUGGCAUGGAUGAAAAAGAGACAUACAAGAAACUAAUGGAUAUGCUGGAGGAUGCAUGGAAGGAUCAUAACAAUGAAUACCUCAAUUCAACACUAGUACCUCGACUUUUAAUUGAAAGAGCAAUGAACUUUUCAAGAGCAAUGGAAGAAUUUUAUAAAUACACUGAUACAUACACUAAUUCCAAAGCAAGGAUGAAAGAUAAUAUAUCUAUGGUGUUGGUUGAAUCUGUUCUUAUUUAAGAGAGUCACACCCUUUCUAGCUAGUGGCUGAAAUCAAAGGCAACCAACAUUCACAAUAUGAGGCUACUCUAUCUACAUUUAAAUAAAGUGAUCAAACUCGAGUUGGAUGAUCAAG